UCUCUCCCCCCUUAUCUCCCAGGGAUCUUCUCUCAGCCAGGCACAACCCACCCGCACACCCGUCGCUCGCCGGCGCCAGUCCAGUCCAGCCUCACCGGAGCCAUGGACCCGUGCCCGUUCGUGCGGGUGCUGGUCGGCAACCUCGCCCUCAGAAUGCCGGUGGCGCCGCCGGCCGCCGGGGCCGGCGCGGGCGUCCACCCCUUCCCCUCCCCCUGCUACUGCAAGAUCCGCCUCGGCAAGAUGCCGUGCCAAACCGCCCCGGCCCCGCUCGUCCCCUCCGACUCCACCACCGCUGACCAGAGCCCCUCGGGCGCCCUCGCCGCCGCCUUCCACCUCUCCAAGCCCGAUCUGGAGUGGUUCGCGCGGAAGCCCUCCCUCUUCUCCCCCGCCCGCGGGGCCACCCUCAAGGUCUCCGUCUACGCGGGCCGCAAGGGCUCCGCCUGCGGCGUCAGCUCCGGCCGGCUCCUCGGCAAGGCCACCAUCUGGCUCGACCUCAAGGGCGCCGAGGCCAAGCCCGCGGUCCUCCACAGCGGCUGGAUCCCCGUCGGCAAGGGCAAGGCCGCCCCGGCCCAGCUCAGCCUCACGGUCCGCGCGGAGCCCGACCCGCGCUUCGUGUUCGAGUUCGACGGCGAGCCCGAGUGCAGCCCGCAGGUCAUGCAGCUCGGCGGCGGCGGCAUGAUGCGCCAGCCCAUGUUCACCUGCAAGUUCGCCUGCCGCACCAACAGCGACCUGCGCCGCCCCCCCUCCGCCAGCGCUUCCCCGGCGGCGGAGCGCAAGGGCUGGUCCGUCACCGUGCACGACCUCUCGGGCUCCCCCGUCGCGCUGGCGUCCAUGGUGACGCCCUUCGUCGCCUCCCCGGGGACCGACCGGGUCAGCCGGUCCAACCCCGGCGCGUGGCUCAUCCUCCGGCCCGCCGGCGACGGCGCGUGGGAGCCAUGGGGCCGCCUCGAGUGCUGGCGGGAGCGCGGCGGGGCGGGCUCGUCCGACAGCCUCGGCUACCGCUUCGACCUCCUCGUCCCCGGGGUCGACCACUCCGUCCCCAUCGCCGACGCCACCAUCGCCGCCUCCAAGGGCGGCAAGUUCGCGCUCGACCUCACCUCCGCGCAGCCCCUCAGCCGCGGCGGCACCCCCGGGUGCAGCCCGCGCGGCAGCGGGGACUUCAGCCAGUGGCCUCUGGGCAACUACCGCGGGUUCGUCAUGUCGGCGGCCGUACAAGGCGAAGGCAAGUGCAGCAAGCCUACGGUGGAGGUCGGGGUCGCGCACGUCGGGUGCGCCGAGGACGCGGCGGCGUUCGUGGCGCUCGCGGCGGCCGUGGACCUCAGCAUGGACGCGUGCAGGCUCUUCUCGCACAAGCUCCGCAAGGAGCUCUCCCACCUGCGCUCCGACGUGCUCCGGUGACCCCGGCGGAGCGACAAGUCCUCUCACGAUCAGAAAAAAAUUGUACAGAGUAGCUGAGGAUCUUAGGCAAUUUUAGACGUUCCUUUAGUUGGUUUGUUGCGGCAGUUCAAUUUUGGUUCAGAUCGCUUUCUUUUUUGCGAGCGCUAGCUAGGCCCCGUGUGGUGUGAGUGAUUAUUUGGUUGGCAACUUCGCCUUUAGCCUUGCUUUGCUGUGCUAGCUGUGUUCCUCAAUGAAAAAUCCACAGCUUUUGUGUGCUA